AUGGGCCAGUGUCUGAGGUACCAGAUGCAUUGGGAGGACUUGGAAGAGUACCAGGCCCUGACCUUCCUGACCAGAAAUGAAAUUCUGUGCAUCCACGACACCUUCCUGAAGCUCUGCCCUCCUGGGAAGUACUACAAGGAGGCAACACUGACCACGGACCAGGUCAGCUCCCUGCCAGCCCUGCGGGUCAACCCCUUCAGAGACCGAAUCUGCAGAGUGUUUUCCCACAAUGGCGUGUUCUCCUUUGAGGAUGUGCUGGGCAUGGCCUCUGUGUUCAGCGAACAGGCCUGCCCCAGCCUGAAGAUUGAGUAUGCCUUUCGUAUCUACGAUUUUAAUGAAAAUGGCUUUAUCGAUGAGGAGGACCUGCAGAGGAUCACCCUGCGGCUGCUGAACACGGACGACGUGUCUGAGGACCUGCUGAUGGACCUCAUGAAGCACGUCCUGAGUGAGUCCGAUCUGGACAACGACAACAUGCUGUCCUUCUCUGAGUUUGAACACGCGAUGGCCAAGUCUCCAGAUUUCAUGAAGUGAGGUGUUCUGGAGGGGUAGGGACUGCCCAGAAUAGUGCUAAGGGGGUGUCUAAGUCUUCCUUAGACUCCUCUUCCUCUGUAACAGCCCAGCACAUAAGGGGGUGGCUAAGGGGGUGUCUCAGUCUUCUCAAGGAGGAUGUGAGUUUCCAGGACACUUGGCAGAUUCUUCCAGACUCAGUAAA